CAUCUCAGCAGACGUGUGGACGCUUGAUGUAUAUGCUUUCUCGGCAAGACAAGUGUGGUACGCAGUAUCCUCGAUCACCUGCAACAUAGAGCAAUAGUCCGUUACUCGGGUUCACCAGCUGAGUAGAUGGUUUAUUAAGAGCAGGACUAUAAGUACGCAUGGAGUCGUGGGUCCACUUCCAUCACCAACUCUAUCACGUUCUUAGCUUGUAUCUUCCAUCAUGUCUAACGCAUCUCAGGCAAACGAAAUCGCACAGAAGUGGCUGUCAGACUUCUCCAACGCCGUGACCUCGGGGGACGUUGAAGCCGUAGCCCAAACCUUCCUUCCACAAGGUUGGCUUCGCGACGUCCUGACGUUCACUUGGGACAUUCGCGCUCUUGAGGGACGAGAGAAGAUCAAAUCAUACCUCUCCAAUACCCUGGUUCCAGCUCAGAUCUCCAAUAUCAAAUUAGAUAAUACGCCACACUUCUUGCCAACUUUCUCCGUAUUCUCUCCGAAGGACGGUCCAGGCAUCGAGGCGGCUUUCACCUUCGAGACUCCAAUCGCUCAAGGUAGAGGAUACUUUCGUUUGUUGAAAGAUACAGACGCGAAGUGGAAAUCCUGGGCGACGUGUUUGAUACUCGACGAGUUAAAGGGUCAUGAAGAAGCUGGAUUCGAAUCGGGCAUUUACGAAGGACAUACAGCUGCUUGGGGUGAUAUCCUUGCUGAUCGUAGAGCCAAAAUCGAGAAAGAUCCAUAUGUGUUGAUUGUUGGUGCAGGCCAGACGGGUUUGAUCCUGGCUGCGCGCUUCAAGCAAAUGGGUAUUCCUGCACUGGUGAUCGACAGGAAUGCGCGUGUAGGUGACAAUUGGCGAAAACGGUAUCCUACGCUGGCGCUCCAUACGCCCAAGAUUCAUCAUUCAAUGCUCUAUCAACCGUAUCCUUCGAAUUGGCCAUUAUACACUCCUCGAGACAAGAUCGCAGAUUGGCUUGAAACGUAUGCGCUUAACCAGGACCUUGUCGUUUGGACGAAUUCUCAGAUUCAGGGUCGUCCGAAGUACAAUGAGGAUACAGGGAAGUGGGAAAUCGUCAUUGAUCAUGACAAUACAGUGCGAACUAUCUAUCCAAGUCACGUUGUCGUCGCUACGGGUACCCUCGGUGCGCCUCUUAUGCCCACUUUGAAAGACCAAGACAAAUUCCAAGGCUUCGUUUUCCACGGAUCCGAAUACCAAGGUGCUAAACCUUUCGUUGGGAAGAAAGUCGUAGUCGUCGGCGCAGGGAACACGUCUAUCGAUAUUUGCCAAGACCUUUGCACACACAAAGCCGCAUCAAUCACUAUGAUUCAACGGUCUUCAAGUGUUGUCGUUUCGUCUCCCAACGUCACCAAACAUAUUUUUGAAGAUUGGGCUCCGGGCGUUCCCGUCGAAGUGGGCGAUUUCAAAUUCGGAACGGUGCCGUUUGGGUUGAGGAAGAAGGUGAUGCAGGGCUUACAGGCGGAGAUGUGGAAGGAGGAAGAAGAGUUACAUGCGAAGUUGGGGGAGAAGGGUGUGAGUUUGUGGAUGGGACCUGAGGGGGAAGGGCAGUUUAUUAUGGUGUAUGGGCGUGGAGGAGGGCUCGACGUCGGCGGCGCGGACUUGAUAGCUUCAGGCGACAUCAAAGUCAAGCAAGGCGUAGAACCUGUAGCCUUCAAGGAGAAAACUCUCGUCUUCUCAGAUGGUUCGGAAUUGGAAGCUGAUGUGGUCAUCAUGGCAACUGGAUAUCGCAAGAUGCGCGAAGUGAAUACAGACCUAUUCGGUGAAGACGUUAUCAAUCGGACGAGUCAAGUCGCUGGGUAUGAUGAGGAAGGCGAGUUGCGAGGGGCUUAUAGACCGAGUGGACAUCCUGGGUUGUGGUUCGCCGUUGCGGACUUUUGGACGACGCGAAUGUAUUCGAAGCAUUUGGCCAUUCAGCUGAAAGCUAUCGAGCUUGGAUUGAGGAAGGGCCCGCAAUGAGGAAAGGUUUCUGUGACGUCGAGUCCUCCACAGCACUGUCUGGAGAAUAUUGUAUCUGUCCAAUGAUCAUGUCAUGUC